CACGACUUUCGCGAUUUCUUCUAUCAACGCGUCCCCACGUACUUUUCUCCUGUCCUCGCGCCCUUCCGGUCUCCAUGGUAUGAGCUAAUGGUGAUAUCCUUCUGUUGUUCACAUUACCGAUACCCCUUUUUGCACAUCUUUUUUUUCUUCUCCCUUGACCAUGUUUCCUUUAUCCAGUGGCUCGCAUGCCACACGCGACCCCAGAUUGCCGUCCGAGCAGAGCCCGAUUACCGCCGAAUGCCUUCAGCCCCCUCGAGUAUCCUGCCCCCGAGCAUGGCAACGCGUUCCGGUUGCCCCUGUGCCUGGCCUGCGUCGACAGCCCAAGAUUUGGAAAAGAGUCGGGGGUCCGGUCACUGCAACUGGUCAAGAUUCAUAUGCUCUGGCAAUCACAGAGCUGGAGCAGCAAGGCCAGGGCUCAAGGAAGCGGGCGCGACACGCGCAACAUAUCCCGGCUUGGGGCGACGCGAAGUGGGAUCCAAGAGCAGGGAGCGAGCACCACGGAGCUCAGGAUCUUGAUGAGGCGCGAGCUACCCUCGCUGCUGCGAAGCAGGACGCCGCAGACCCAGCCGCUACAAACAAAUUCAAGACCCGAGACGCGACUUUCCCCGAAGCCAGCCUGAGGUGGGUACCAAGGAAGCGACACAAUACGCGGUGGCCGGUUGAGCCGAAGUGGAACGAUACCCGCCUUGCGGUCAUCUUGCAGCCCUCGAUUGACCUUACGGCGCCUGCUUCUCUCGAGCCGGUUGAGACCACAAUGAAAAUGGACGAGCAGCAGAUGAGGAGGCGAUCCAUCCGCCGUCUCAGCAGGCGCUUUUCUCUCUUUCCCGGAGAGAAUUCACCGCGGAAGCUUCCCAUGAUCAGUCUGUCGCCAACGAAGAAAUCAGCGCCAAUACCAUCUCCGGUCAAAAGGCCGCCCAUCACCCUCUCUCCGACCAAAGUCGCAGACUCGCCGCUUCGCUCAUUCAGGGUCAACGCAACCCCUACGAAGGUUGUUUUGGAAUCGCCAAAGACCGCCCCGCCUGCGAUGUCCCCGGCGAAGCCUGCCAGUUCGCCAAUCGCACCAGCAGAGGACACUGAGCCCGCAUCUCUCAAACAGACUCCUGCCAGCCCUUCUCCGCUCAUGUUUGAUCAACCCAUUCCUGAUGCUCAAUUCGAGCCGGAGCACGAAACCCGCAGGCGCCUCUCCCUCCAAUUGGCGCGUCGGAGCGAACGCGGGUCGAGUGGCACAUCACGGCUGCUGGCCCUCAAGACCAGGAGCAACAGUCCCAACCGCCGACACAGCUUCACCUCGGUCGACACCCUGCCGAUGGAUGCACCAGAACUCUCCAAGAGCAGGCGGAACACCAUGGACGUUUUCUGUGUUGGUCCUGAUGAAGUUCGUGCGGGCGCAGUGGAUGAACCGACCGAUGCAACGGUGGCUCGUCACAGCAAAGCAGUGGUUGACGUCGACAUGAGAACCAGCGUUGAUAUCUUCGGCCAAUCGAACAUAACCGCCUCGUCAGGGGCUCGCGAAUCCACGAGCGGUGAGUUGGGUGUCAAUGCGACACCGGUCCUCGAGUCUGAGUUGACGUACAUGUUACCUCCGAACACCAAUACCUCGAUCGACGACGGCCUACAUGCUUCAAACGCUGUUUCUGCAUUCCCCACCAGCACCUCGGACUCUACGGAUGGAACAGGGGUGGAGGCGGGAGCGGAAGAUGCAAGCCUCCGACAGGCAGCAGCGAGACCAACUCCAUGCCACAUCCAGCCUGACCACGGCUUCAUCCCUACGUUAACGGACUCAACCGACACCGAGGAGCCCCAAAUCAUGUUUGUGCCGCACGAUCCCGAAGGCCUUUCGACCAUUUACGAAGAAGCGUCGGUGCUUCAGGAUCAGCCUUCCAGCCCUGCUGGUGUCAACGAGACCGCACAGCCGCCCGCCGUUGAUGUCGGCUCUCGGUCUUCAGCGAAUGAGGCGCGCACGCCAGACGAACUGAACGAAGAUCGGUAUGACCCUCAAAGUAAGACGGCGACGCCCAGCGCGCUUGUGGAUGAAGCAUCCGCCCAAGCCGAGGCAAUGCGCUCGAUACCUGGAUCCGGUAAACACAGCUUGAAUACUUUUCAACCAGACGUCGUUGCAUCUCAGAACGCGGCGAACGAGCAGCUUAUGGCCGAGUCGGCGGCUGCAACCCAUCCCUUGUUCAACAUCCCGACUGGCCACGUUGGCGUGGACGCCAUGUCGUCUCCUGAUUCGCCACGUUAUGACGUGCAGGCAUCUUCGAUCGAGAUCCAACAACAGGUUCCAUGCCUGCAGCCUGAGAAAGAAAAAGAAAUGUCUCAUGUUAGCACCGGCAUUGAUCCAGAUGAAGCGGACGGGUUGGAACAUUUUUUUGAACAAGUCCCAGAGGGCACAGACUCUCCAUCCCUGGCCGUUGUCUCGACACCUCUCCCCGGAACGCCGCCUAGUGUCCCUGCCACUCAGACCAUUGACCACAUCGUAACACCGGAGGCUAAUGGGUGUGCCGACGCCAUGCAACAAGAAAGCUCGGGGUUCACUCCCAUCAAUGGGCGUCAAAGCUUACCACCGAACGUCCUGUCAAGCCGGCUUCCCGAUGAAGAAGAGGCGGAGGCAAUCCACGACUCAGAUGAGCUCGAUGAUGAUGAAGUGGUUGAGGAGGAACUUCCAGCCAACAAUGAUGACGAGGCCACCGUGGCUAUUGACGAGGAUAUGCUCACCGGCGAGGCGCCUCACCCUGAGAACGACACUCUCCAGUUACAAGCCAGGCGCGACGAUUCGGAGACAGAGAUGCUGAGAAAGUUUGUCACGCGGGUAACGGCAGAUAAGAACGCCAAGGCAGCAGCAGCCGCCGCCGCGCUCGCAAAGAAGACAGCACGUCGGUCGGGUUCCCUCGGUUCCAUCACCUCCUCAACCGGCUCGCCCAUGGCCAGGCAAGGAUCGGAGACACCCACCAGCAGAACUCCCUUAGGGGCCAAGAGCCCCAACAGCCCAACGCCGACCAAGAAGCGCAAACACGAGCUCGUCAAAGACGACUUGACAAAGGACAAGUCCGUCUCCGAAGACCCAUCCAUCCAACACAGCGACGGCCCCCGUCUCAAGCGGCGCCGCAAGCGCACCGAUCCAGUUCUCGAAAGCGAGAGCGCAACUUCGUCGCCGGAACUCGACUCCCUCCCCUCCACGGGCGCCGGAUCAGGCCCGCGCCGCUCCAGCCGCGCCCGCAGCACGCGCGUCGCCCUGAAACCCGCGGCGCCCUCGGCAAACUCGAUCGCGCUCUCCAUGAUCCCAGUGCGCCUGCCCGGGAUGGGCGCAAUGGACGACGCGGCCCUGGACGCCCACUUGACUUCCAUGGCGCGCCAGCGCAGCGAGGAAAAGGAUCUCGCGGCCAUUACGCGGGGAAAUACGCGCAAGAACAAGGGCGGCGCGGUCCCGCCGCAGGUGGUGCUGGCCAAGCAGGCGGAGGAUCCGUCGUGGCGGAGGAGGGAGCUGAAGGGGGUGUUUGAGGCCAGGGAGCGUAGGGCCAAGGAGCGGGAGGAGGGUGGUGAAAGUGAAGGGAAGGAGAAGAGGAAGAAGGCUAAGGGGGUGAGGUGGGCGGAGGAAUUGGUUAGGUACCAGAGUGACGAGCCGAGUGUGUACAGGGGUAUGGCGAGCCAGUUGUUGGCCGAUGUGAUGAUGGCGGAUGAGAUUGCUGAGGCCGAGCCGCCGGCUGUGGCAGAGCCGCCCGUGGAAAAGACGGCGAGGGUUGCGGUCCGGAGGGCGGCAGCGGUCAGGUCUGCAGCUGCGGCUGCUGCUGCGUCAUCUGCGACGGCGGAGGUGCCUGUUUCAACUAGAAGGACAAGGUCGUCGCGGUUGCCGCCUCCAACGCCGGUUAAGAAGAUUGCUGGCAAGGAGAAGCCGGCGGCUGCGGAGACGGCUGUCCCGGAGACGACGGCUGCGCCAAGCCUGAAGAGCAAGGCCAAGUCGCUGCCUAACCUGGCGUCUGCAUCAUCGGCGCUGGAGCCGGCAGCUGCCACUUCGACCCGGUCGGGAAUGGCUACGAGGAGGACCAGGUUUGCGAAGCUGGAGAUGAGUGGGAAUGGGACACCGGCGCCGAAACGGAGGGGACGGACUGCCACUUGAAGGUCGGUGGUGAUGUCUGGGUGUUAGGUGUUUUCCCUUGGGAUCAUUGUUGGCUUACAGUGCAUGUCUGGAUUGAGCAAGGCUCGAGAGUAGCGAAUACCCGGUGUCAGGGAUCAUGAUGUAUAGGAGAAUGGAUUUUUGUUGAGCAUGGAGGUUGGUGUAUCGUUGGCUUCAUGUUACAUAUGAAUUGGUGAUGGGUGUUGCCAUGUCCUGUGUGUUUUUGUCGAGUGUGUGUGUCUUCUGUGUUAGCCAAAAUACCGACUAUGCUGGAUAGAGGUUCAG